AUGCGUUGCACUAUCACCCUGCUCAGCCUCGUGAGCCUCAGCUUCAAUGUCCUCCCUAUCCAGGCCGCAGCGGUUCCCAUCACUGGCUUGGCCCACGCUGAAAGGUCCGUCAGCCAUGUCGGUCUCUCUGAUAUGAUCGAGAAGCGCCACGAGUAUACCGUGGACGAUGACGAGAUCGCGCUCACCAAGCGCCACGAGUAUACCGUGGAUGACGACGAGAUCGCGCUCACUAAGCGCCACGAGUAUACCGUGGACGAUGACGAGAUCGCGCUCACCAAGCGCCACGAGUAUACCGUGGACGAUGACGAGAUCGCGCUCACCAAGCGCCACGAGUAUACCGUGGAUGACGACGAGAUCGCGCUCACUAAGCGCCACGAGUAUACCGUGGACGAUGACGAGAUCGCGCUCAAUAAGCGCCACGAGUAUACCGUCGAUGACGACGAGGUCGUGAGCGUUUAG